AUGGCGCGAUUCCGGCGACAUGCACUGUACGAAAACAAAAGUCCACAUUACACUGUGCAAUUCUCGGCUUUUUUGCAUAGUGCAAUAGGCUUUUUGGGCUUUUUCUGGGUGUCGUCCCACACCCUGGCUUUUUUGCAUAUUGCACGUCGCCAAAAUCACUGCAGCAACUCUGCGAACGCACCACUAAUUCCUGACCUCAAACGUCCACCCGCUCAGAGUUCGCAUCACGAGUGCGAGCGCAAUCUCUCCGACACCCCGCCCGCAGCAUUCCAUCUCCUCGGAUUCAGUGAGGCGUUUAAAGCCGAAAGUAAUCUUCUUCCUUGCCGGAGGCCAAGAACUCAAAAAAUUGAAUAUCUGAUGAGGGCCGCCGCCAAAGUCACAAUUCAUAUACGAACAAAAGCGGGGCGCAGAACGAAGAGGAGACCAUAUAACAAAAGCGCCUUCAAGUGGGAACUGAAUACAUACUUGAUGAGCGGCCGGAUAAUAACCUCGGGCAUGAGCGAGGUCAUGGAGAAGAGGAAUGGCAAUUAUUGUGGGAAAAAGAGUCUGACAGACAAAUCUGAUAAUGGGGAUGAUGACAUAAGUGGAGAGUAG